AUGCUGCUCGGUGUAACUCUUGCAGCUGAUGCCUCGACCCUCCUCUGCAUCGGCCUCAUCACGGUGGCAAUCUAUCGUCUCACCGUCCAUCGUCUAGCCCAUGUUCCUGGACCUUGGAUUUUUUGCAUCUCGUCCAUCCCCCAGUGGAUCAUCGUCUUGCUCGGUACUGAACCACAGACCCUUGCUUAUUGCCAUCGCCCCGAAUCAGCUUCUAACUACGUGGCUAAUGCGGGCUUCAUGAAAGAUGGUCGGUAUCGUAACUUCGAUGUCAACGGGCAGCCCACCAUAUAUUCCGCUAUUGACAAAGCCUACCGCGAUAAGCGCGCUAAAGCUGUCCUGUCAUUAUUUGCGCCUGUUAGGAUACGAGAAGCAGCAGGGGCACAGAAUGUCCAGCAAUAUAUCCAGCAAUUCAUCGCUCGCUUGGCCAGCUAUAUGUUCGAUAAGUCGUACGGAGCGCUAAACGAGGCCGUCAACUUGAAUUCUCGCUCACCACCAACGAAAUUCUCGGAGAGUGCCUGGCUGCAGGUUAUCGCAGCUUUUGGGUAUUAUUCCAUGUUCCCAACUUGGCUGUUUUCGAGGAUGUUGUCUCUCCAUCUCGCCAUUCAGGAUCGUCUCUGGGGGGCUUCAAUGCGUCGGACGGAACCCACUACCCCAGCACACACUUACCGCGGUCGUCUUCGCACGGCUGGAGUGACAGAGGACGAGGUCAUUGGUAUCUGUGAAGGGUCACUAUUUGCUGGGACCAGCUCAACCGGUCAGACGCUGGCGACCAUCUUGUUCCAUCUUGUCCGCCAUGCACUCGUCCGCAAGCGCCUUCACCAAGAAGUAGGCAUAUCGAGCUCACCUGACCUGCAAAGCCUUCCGUAUUUGCGAAGCGUAAUUACUGAAGGCCUGCGGCUCGCUAUGACCAAUCCUGCGCCUCUGAUCAGGGCUGUGCCUGACGGCGGAUGUCACAUAGAUGGCGUGUAUCUUCCAGGUAGGAUCUCGGUCGGGGCAUCAAUAUACGUCUUCCAUCAUGACCCCGAUGUGUUUCCUAAUUCUUUUGCGUUCAGUCCCGAGCGAUGGUUAGCUGAUGAGACUGACUGCGCAACGCGCGAGCUGUGUUACUUUCCCUUCGGUCUGGGAUCGCGGUCGUGCAUUCGGAGGAAUCUGGCGCUACAGGAAUUGUACGAAGCUGUUGCUGCCAUUGUGAAGACUGGUGUCCUUGAAGGUGCCAGUACAUGCGAGGAGAAGAUUAUAGUAAACGGCUGCUUCAAUGGAGAAGUCCAAGGCCAUGCGAUCGACAUCCAUUGGCCGAUUAGGGAGAGUCGGAGCAACAAGGUUUGCAUGUAAAUUCAAUUCUCGACCCAAUCGGGAAACAGC